GAGAUGCCGUCAGUGUCCGUGCUGGACUACGCUCUGCCUCAGAGACCUCCGCAGCGUCGAGAGGCAGCGCUUUUCGCGCUGCCCUGGCUUUGCGCGUCCCCUGUCAUCGGGAGCCCCCCUGUCCGGGCUGUCCCCAUCGGCACCCCUCCCAAGCAGGCUGCCGUGCCCAACUUCAACCAACAGAUCCUGUGUCCGAAGCCUGUCCACAUCCGAGCUACCAUGCAGCAGCGCUACCCCGCUCCCUACGGCGAGAGGAUGUCCCCCAACCAGCUCUGCAAUGUACCGAAUUCCUCCCUUCUGGGCCACCCGUUCCCCCACAGCGUCUCUCCCGUCCUCACCCACCUGCAGCGAGCGCAGCUGCUUGGAGGAACCCAGGCUGGCCGAAUGUCCCCCAGCCAGUUUGCCCGGGUCUCUGGCCUGGUUGGGAGCCCCCUCCCCUCCGUCAAUCCCAAGCUGCUCCAGGGCAGAGUCGGGCAGAUGAUGUCUCCGGCCAGCGGGUUUCGUGCCUUCUUCGGGGCUCCCCCGGCUCCCCCUCCCUCGCAGCCGCAGGACCCGCCCGGCCGGCGCCUCAACGGCGCGGGGGGGGACCGAGGGGGCCACCGGAGCAGCCAUCAGGAGCAGAUGCGCAAAGACCCCUACGCCAACCUCAUGCUGCAGCGGGAAAAGGACUGGGUGUCCAAGAUCCAGAUGAUGCAGCUUCAGAGCACUGAUCCCUACCUGGAUGACUAUUACUACCAGAAUUACUUCCAGAAGCUGGAGAAGUUGUCAGCAGCGGAGGAAGUCCACGGUGAUGGUCCCAAGAAGGAACGCACUAAACUCAUCACACCUCAGGUGGCUAAGCUGGAGCACACCUAUAAGCCAGUGCAGUUUGAGGGCUCGCUCGGGAAGCUCACGGUUUCCAGCGUGAACAACCCCCGGAAGAUGAUCGACGCGGUGGUAACCUCCCGCAGCGAGGAUGACGAGACGAAGGAGAAGCAGGUUCGGGACAAGAGGCGCCAGACCCUUGUCACGAUCGAGAAGACGUACAGCCUCCUCCUGGACGUGGAGGACUACGAGAGACGCUACCUCCUGAGCCUGGAAGACGAGCGGCUGGCCCUGAUGGGCGAGAGGAAGCAGAAGAUCUGUGAUAUGUAUGACAAUCUGCGGGGGAAGGCCCCCGGGCAGGAGAGGCCAAGCGACGACCACUUCAUGCAGAUCAUGUGCAUCCGGAAAGGGAAACGCCUCGUGGCCCGGAUCCUCCCCUUCUUGUCACCCGAGCAAGCGGCCGACGUACUCAUGGCGACGGCCAGGAACCUGCCCUUCCUCAUCAAGAAGGAUGCUCAGGACGAGGUGCUGCCCUGCCUGUUGAGGCCCUUCUCGCACGUUCUCUACCACCUUCCCUUGGGGACAGUCACCAGCCUUGUGCAGCAGCUAACGAACCUACCUCAGAGCGCGACCGCGCCAGCGCCCACCAACCUGCACCUCAAUGCUGUGCUCCAAAACAAGUUCGGCCUGUCCCUGCUGUACUUGGUCUUGAGCCGCGGGGAGGAACUGCAGAGCUCGGACGCGAACACGGAGCUAAUGCAGGACAACCAGUGGACGGAGCUGAUGCUCAUGGCAACCCGGGAGCUCCUGCGGAUCCCUCAGGCGGCCUUGGCCAAGCCAGUGUCCAUCCCCUCGAACCUGACUUCCAUCUUCUUUC